UCCAGCUGUUGAAAUAUGAGCAUUAUUGCAGAUCUAAUUGAUAUAGUCCAAGUUAUUUUUGUCAUCUACUACCAUUAUGUGCUAGCAUUGUUCAGAGUGUUUUUUCCUCCGGCGAGAAAGUCCAUCAAAGGAGAGAUAGCCUUGGUCACUGGGGCUGGGCAUGGAAUUGGCCGAGAGCUGGCCCUUGAGAUCUCCAAACUUGGGGCCACUGUUGUGGUUUGGGAUAUCAACAAGGAAAAUAAUAACAAAACUGCAGAAGAUAUCAACAAAUCUGGGGGUAAAGCAUAUGCUUAUCCUUGCGAUGUAGCUAAUUCUGCUAAAAUUUCUGAAGUUGCACAGAAAGUAAGAAGUGAUGUAGGGGACAUAACCAUUCUAGUCAACAAUGCUGGAAUAAUAAAUUGUGGCCCCUUUCUUGAACUGUCAGAGGCUGAUAUAAGAAGGACAAUGGAAGUUAACUUAUUAUCACACUUUUGGAUGAUCAAAGAGUUUUUACCGUCAAUGAUCAAAAACCAAUAUGGCCAUAUUUUGAAUGUCCUGUCCAUGGCUGCCCUUACUGGGGCCAUUAUGAUGACAGAUUACAGUGCAUCCAAACAUGGCGCUUAUGGGCUGUUUCAAGCUCUGCAUGCUGAGCUGAGGAAAGAUGGACACACCAAUGUCAAGAUGACCGCUUUGUGUCCACUGUUUGUUGACACUGGCCUUAUCAAGAAUUUUUCCAUCAAAUAUGGCAAAGUUCUGACUCCAAAUGAAGUGGCUUUGGCUGGAAUAGAUGGAAUGUUAAGAAACUAUGAACUGGUCUCAGUGCCUUGUUGGAUAGCUAGGUUUACACUUUACAUGACAGGAAUAUUGCCAAGGAAAGCUGGCCAUUUUCUUUACAGUAAAUUUGCAGUCAAAGUUGAAUCACAGUAUAAAAAACAGAAUUAAAUUAUAUUUCUUGUUAAGUUGUUGCAAGUUUAUUAGAUUUUUGCUUGUUAAAAUAAAAAUGCUGUUUUGUAAUCUAUAUAUAGGUACU